AAUCGUAUCGGAGCUGACCAGAACCAGCUUCCUUCAUCGAUUCGCGUAAUCUUUUGCAGACACUCGCAUCCUUCUUUCUUGCUCUCGCUCUCUGCAUACUGCACAAAUGAUGACGUAGACAUGGAUUUGUCUAUAUAUACUUACGUGAGGCUCUCUCUAUAGCAUAUUAGGGUUUUUCUUUUUUCAUUCUUUUUGUUUUGUGGGGAACUGGAGUUUCAGUGUCAAUGGUGGAGAGAAGGAAGCCUCUGGUGCUCUCUUCCACCAAAAUUCUCCUCGAUUCUGUUCUGAGCUCGUCGCGGCUCGGUGAAAGUGACAGAGGAUGUAAGCUUUUCGGAGAUGACGUGGCCCGGAAAUUGCGGUUGCCGGCGGGAAUUCUCCGGCUCUCAGAGGACGAAAAGGGCAUUUCAGACCCCAAGUUAGCUUCCCUUGAUGAUUCUGCUUUGGUUGGGGUCUCGACUUCUGUGCUGAAGAGGUUGUCAAUAACUUCUGGCUCACUGGUUCUCGUCAAGAACAUUGAGACCAAUAUGCAAAGAGUUGCUCAAGUUGUUGUUCUUGAUCCUCCCAAUACCCACAACUACAUAUAUGACAGUAAAGUACCUUCCUCUGACUCUCCUAGCACCAUGCUUUUGUUUCCUUCUUAUAAUUUUCCCCAAAAGGGUCUUCUACUAGUUGAUCAUGAGCUCGCCUACCUGUCCCCUCUCUUAAUUUUUAACCUGAGCCUGCAUAUUUCAUGCUUGAAAUCUCUUGUUCACCAAGGGAAAGAAACAUUGAAAUCUUUAUUUGAAGCUAAAGAGGAUGACAAGUUAUGUGGGAGAGGCAGUGGUGCUUCGCUCAUCAUUUUAGAGUUGGAGCCUAUGGUUCAAUUGCCAAGGUAUGCUUCACACUUGAGGGCUUCUUUUAUCAAAAUACCAGAGUGUGGUACCCUUGAAUCUUUGAAAAGAAAUUCAUCCAUUGAAGCUGAAGAUCGCCAAAAGAUGAUUGAUUUGGCAUUACACAAGUACUUUGAAGUGGAUAGACAUAUGUCGAGAGGUGAUAUUUUCAGCAUCAGUAUUAACUGGAAUUGCAAUUCAAGUGUAUGCAUACCUUGCAGCCAAAGGUUGCAAACUAGAAGUUAUGUCACCAUAUACUUCAAGGUUGUCGCAAUGGAACCGUCAGAUGAGGCAGUUCUUCGAGUCAAUCAUUCUCAAACUGCUCUUGUGCUAGGAGGAAGUGUUUCAUCACCUGUUCCCCCAGAUUUAUUGAUUGCUGGAUCGAGAGCUUUGGCACCUUUGCAGUCAGAGACAGUGAAACUUUUAGCCUCUAUACUUACACCACCUCUAUGCCCAUCAGCACUUUCUUCAAAAUUCAGAGUUGCUGUUUUGUUGCAUGGUUUGCCAGGAUGUGGGAAGAGGACUGUUGUUAGAUAUGUUGCCAGUCGGUUGGGCCUACAUGUAGUGGAAUAUAGCUGCCAUAGCUUAUUGACAUCUUCUGAAAGAAAAACAUCCGCUACACUAGCUCAAGCUUUCAAUACGGCACAAAGGUACUCACCAACAAUACUUCUUCUUCGCCAUUUUGAAGUUUUUAAAAAUUUGGCCUCUCAAGAGGGUCCACCAAGUGACCAAGUUGGCCUUUUCUCUGAAGUUGCAUCAACAAUUAGAGAAUUCACUGAGCCAGUGGCUGAUGAUGAUGAAAGUUAUACUGAAGAAAAUUCAAAUGGUGAUUUUUAUUUAAAGGAUGCUGGAUAUUCUGGUAGGGACCAGGUGCUGUUAGUUGCAGCUGCUGACAGUACGGAGGGCCUCCCACCAACCAUCAGGCGUUGCUUCAGCCAUGAAAUAAGUAUGAGUUCUCUGACUGAAGAACAAAGGGCUGAAAUGUUGUCCCAGUUGCUGCAAGGUGUUCCACAACUCCUCCCUAAUGUCACCUCUGAUGAAUUCAUAAAGGAUGUAGUCGGACAGACAUCUGGUUUUAUGCCCCGGGAUUUAUGUGCGCUUGUAGCUGAUGCUGGAGCCAAUAUAGUCGCCAUGAAUAAUUUUGGAGUCAACAAGGUUGAUACGGAGGACUUACAUGGUUCUUCUGAAGUCAAAGUGAAGCAGGACAACCAGUCAUGCGAUGCUGCUGGUCUUGUUGUGGGAAAAGGAGACAUGGCCAAAGCUUUGGAACGAUCAAAGAAGAGGAAUGCAUCGGCACUUGGUGCUCCGAAGGUUCCUAAUGUGAAAUGGGAAGAUGUGGGUGGUCUUGAGGAUGUGAAGAAAUCAAUUUUAGACACAGUUCAGUUACCUCUCCUGCAUAAAGAUUUAUUUUCUUCUGGAUUACGCAAGCGUUCUGGUGUUCUUCUAUAUGGCCCUCCUGGAACUGGGAAAACUUUAUUGGCCAAAGCUGUGGCAACAGAAUGUUCUUUGAACUUCCUUAGUGUGAAAGGUCCAGAAUUAAUUAACAUGUAUAUAGGUGAAUCAGAAAAAAAUGUUCGAGACAUUUUUCAAAAGGCAAGAUCUGCUCGUCCUUGCGUCAUCUUCUUUGAUGAACUUGACUCUCUUGCUCCAGCACGGGGGGCCUCUGGGGAUUCUGGGGGAGUUAUGGAUCGAGUUGUCUCUCAGAUGCUUGCUGAGAUUGACGGCCUCAAUGAUUCCACCCAGGACUUAUUUAUCAUAGGGGCAAGCAACCGACCUGAUCUAAUUGACCCUGCACUGUUACGACCUGGCCGAUUCGACAAACUCCUAUAUGUUGGAGUUAACACUGAGAUAUCUUACAGGGAGAGGGUCCUUCAAGCACUUACCAGAAAGUUUAAAUUAGACGAAGACGUGUCCCUUCAUUCAAUAGCAAAGAAAUGCCCUCCAAACUUUACAGGUGCAGACAUGUAUGCCUUAUGUGCUGAUGCUUGGUUUCAUGCUGCAAAGCGCACGGUUCUAAGUUCAGAUUCAGAAUCUUCUUCCAAACACAAUGCCGACUCUGUUGUUGUUGAAUAUGGUGACUUCGUGAAGGUAGUGGGAGAGCUAUCGCCCUCGCUUUCCAUGGCAGAGCUCAAGAAGUAUGAGUUGCUCCGGAACCAGAUUGAAGGGGCUUCCAGCUGAAUCCUUGGCUCUCAUGGUUGUACAAUUUAGAGCUUCUGUAACACAACAAAUUAGAGUUUAUGGAAUAUUCGGGUCUGAAA